AUGCGAGUUGAGGGACGAGCUGUGGUUCAUCGAAUUCGGUCGCGGAGCAGCGCUGCCGUUGACCCCGGAAGAGGCACCGGUGGACGGGGAACCGGUGGUGCCUUGUGCCCAAGGCCGCUUCUCAGCCGCACUUCCAACGAAGUAUCGGUUAGUGAUGGAACGGCACCGUCAUCGAGUGGCACGGAGCAGAGUCAACAAGAGCAGCAACAACAACACACACAGCAGACCGUUGGCGGUAAAGGCGCCGUCAGCAAGGGUACAGUAACGCCGCAGAGUCCUGCCUCGAGGCCGGAAGAUCUCAGCGUGAGAUCCUGGUACCUGGAGGAUUAUCCGACGACCGAUACCUCACCGGGGCCGAUGGGCGAUCGGAGCUCGUAUCCCUCGUGCUCGUAUACCGAUGGUAGGGAUAGCAAACCGGAUUUGAACUCGACGAGGAAUAGCAGCAUCGAGAGCGAAUUCCCGAAGCCGAUAGUAUCGAUACCGCGGAAGGCUUGUAUGGAUCUAACGACUGCGAUGGCAUUGUUGGAUGAGACCUGCCCGAACGUGGAACCCAGUCCAUCUCUCACCCCGAGAACGCCCAGAACACCGCUGACACCGUAUACGACGCGGAGCAAACGGGCCCGUUCCAAGAGCAGUGACAAUUCAUCGAAUUACAGCAACGAUCGGCUGAGUGAUCGCUCGUUCGAGGUCACCAAAGACAAGGAAAAGAAGAGGCCGUUCCUAAGGAAGAUAGGCAUUUCAAAAACUGAGGACCGACCAUUCCUGGCGAAGCUGACACCGAGGAUUCUUGGUAAGCCCUAUCUGGAAAAGAUCGGACCCAGCAAAGCCAUCGAGAGACCGUUCCUCGACAAGAUCGGCUCGUCCAAAACUUUAGACAAAUUCAUCUUCGACACGCCGCGUAACGAACGCAAGAAUGAACUUAGGACGAGGACGAACGACGUGAUGAAGAAUCACGACGGAAUAAAGAAUAACAUCAGGCAUGACAUCGAGCAGAUUGCCAUCGAAGAAGAUGUUGAAAACGCAAUCGAAACACCAGAGGUAACACCUGUUACUUCCCGUUUGGAACAAGUACAACACAAAUCUUUAAGUAUUGCAGAGACUCCACAAACGGCGACAACAACCUGCGAAAGAAGACGGUCGGGUAAAGAGUACUCUUUCGAGACGGAAGAUCUAGAGUCCACUGUACCGAAGGAACGAAACACGUUACAUGGAACGUCUUUAGACGAUGUGUUGAAUUCAGGGCCGAGCUCGUUGCCGACGGAUAACAGCGACGAGCAAACGGAUUCACGGCUAGAAUUCACGGAGAAGCGACCGACCAGCGUGACCGCCGAGUUAUUGAAGUGCCGAGUGACCACAAGCGAGGAAAUAAUAUCCUCCUCUACCACGUGUUUGAAUUCACCGAGUGAAACUAACAGCUGGAACAACUCGGCAAACAGAAUCUUUCAGGGUUCUCACGAGAUCAUUCGUAGCGACGACAGCACGCCAAACUCACCCACGAAGAGGCCUAUCUCGAGCGUCUCCCCUGAUCGUGAGAUCGAGUUGAGGAGUAGCACUCUGGAAAGAGGAACUUUGUCCCCGACGAAAACUAGGAAAUCGAUCAUUGAGGACAUGAGGACGGUCGAGAAUACGCGUAGGUCAAUCAAGUACAAUCAGUUUGAAAGACGAGGCAUCUCUUCGGACAAUCUCCUGGCGAAAGACGCUCUUUCAUUCGUCACUGCCGCUCGUACUAUGACCGAUAACAUCGGGAGAACACGGGAGAUCUCGUCAGAAGAUUCGCUGACGACUCGUCGAGAGUACACAAGGGAGACAUUCAAACAAUUGCAAGACAAAUUUAAGAUGCAGGAAAUACCUAUGGAGAGUUACGCGGCUUUCAAACGGCGCACUCAAGCCGCUCCGGGAGCAAUAAGUCGACAAGAAAGACUGAACCUUUUACCAGGGGACCUUGACGUAACCAUAAAGAGCACACCUAAGAAGGAAAAUGUUCCAUCGACUGACACAAUUGUAAGCGAAACUGCCAUGAAUAAGCGAGAUCAGAGUCAAGAAGGUACGGUGAGAUCCAUUCUGAGAAAGCAGGAAGGAAUCGAUCAUCCCGAUCAGGAAUCAGACACAAACGCGUCCAUCAGACGACCAAAGAGGCGGAUCUUUCAUGAACCGUCGCAGGAGACUAUGGAUCUGCUGACGGAAUUGCGCAAGGUGAAGAGCCUGUUAAAGACCCCGUCCUGGGAAAAGGACCUAGAUCUCGAUCAGAAGCCGGUGCGGAUGCCGAAGCGUAUUUUGCUAACAGACAAGGAAUUUUGUCUUUCUGUAGAGCGGGAGAACAGCGUGCGACGUCCGUCGAGGAUGAUUAACUCGCUGGAGACUACAGAAGAGGGUAAAAUUACAUCAAAUCGGGAAAAUAAAGAGAACAAAGAGAGCAACGAAACGAAAAUCGGAAAUAAAAAAUCACCCGGACCAGCUCUGUUCGAGAAGAAGUGUCUGUCGUUGGACUACGCCGACGAAGAGAAGCCUCAGAAGCCGGAAGUCAGAACGAUCUCUUUGGCCUCUACGAGGGAUUUGCCGUCCGAAACCGAGGAGAUCGACGAUUAUCCCGAUAUGACGUUGAUUUGCGACUCCAAGAGCUGCUCCUCGAGCGUCUUCAACUCUCCGUCCGAGGAGACGAACAAGAAAGAUCUGGUUGGCGAGCCAGAGGAAGAAGAACAACCGAAAAAGCCUAGUCAGAAUCAUUGCGCCGAGGUAGACAUCGCCAUUCCCAUCGAUCAAAAGAUCAACAGUCCCAAAGGAGAUGUUCAAGGGCGGACUAGCGAUCUCUACGAGAUCAUAUCGCCCCGGUCGACGCCGUUCCGCGUUAAGAAGCGACUCGGCAAAAUCUCCGUCGAAGAGACCGUCAAGCCGGAGAAUUUCACCCUCGGUUCUAAGGUCGACUGCCGAUCGGUUGUUGCUCAGAAACGGACCAAGUGCUUCCCUUUAUAACGCACGUCGAUCUGCCCGUGGGCGAAAUUCUCUAUGGCACUGGUUCGUGUUCGUACCGUAAGAAGACACGCAGAUAAAGUUGCGUUUCGCCUUAAUCCUUUCGAUACCGUGUUAAACACAAGCGCGUUGUGCCAAAUAAUUUCUAACAUCUUAUUUAAACAAACAAAAAAAAAAGAAGAAUUUGAACU